AUGGACGCGAGCACUGAUCGCAACUCUCCCAGUGUCGGCGACCAACACCGCAGCAACCCAGGAUGCAUCAUGAUGCCCAACGCACCAGUGGCGGCUAGCACAACGAACAACCCAUUCGAGGAACCCCAGCGCCGGGUAUCCGAGUACACCGCCCAGGAAAUCGCCACGCUGCAAGCACGGCUCGAUAAGAAACUUGGCCCCGAAUACAUUUCCUCGCGACCUGGUGCCGCGGGGACGAAGGUGCAUUAUCUUGCGGCCGACAAGUGUAUCAAUCUUGCAAACGAGGUGUUUGGAUUUAAUGGCUGGUCCAGUUCGAUUCAGAAUGUUCAAAUUGAUUUUGUCGAGGAGAAUCCGAAUACGGGCAAAAUUAACCUGGGACUGUCCGUGAUAGUCCGAGUGACUCUGAGAGAUGGUACUUUUCACGAGGAUAUUGGAUACGGCCACAUCGAGAACUGCAAGGGCAAGGCGGCAGGUUUUGAGAAGGCCAAGAAAGAAGGGACGACAGAUGCCUUGAAACGCACUUUGAGGAACUUUGGCAACGUCUUGGGCAACUGUGUCUACGAUAAGGACUACGUUUCCAAGGUGACUAAAAUCAAGGCUGCACCAGCCCGAUGGGAUAUCGAUGAUCUCCAUCGUCACCCUGACUAUGCGCCAGUCAAGAAGGAGCCCGCUUCUCUGGUGAAGAGAGAGCCUGUCCCACAAAAUCGGUCGCAGGAGGACGAUGAUCUUCUUCCUCCUCCCCCUCUUCGACCAGUAGGCGCUGCGAGUCACAGCAAUGUUGAGAGUAAUGCUAUAUUUGAGGCUGAUGGCGAGUUUGGCAGCGACCUGUUCGAUGAAGCCGAUUUCGUGGUGACGAACACAGGAAAUCCUGAUGAGAUCACAAUAGACCCAGACACUAAUAGACGACAGCAACCACCCACACCGCUCAAUGGCCAUGGUCCACAGCGAGGGCCCCUGGGAAGAUUUGACGCAGCUGCUGUCACUCCUUCAAAGCCAGAUAGAUGGAGUGCGGCUGGAACAGCUGCCAGACUGCCACCACCAGGUCCUCAGAAUGCACGGCAAAAUCCGCCAGCUAUUUCCGAUCAAUCUACAGCCCAACGACAACCUAUACCUGGACCGACGAAUGCUGGGCCAUCAGCAGCACCCCAGCCACACCCCCCUCAUAAAAUUAAUGCUCAGCCGCCAGCAAAAAGAGAACCUGGGCCAGCCGUCAAUCAAGACAUGCGUCCACCACAGAGCACCCCGUCCACAGGAUUCUACUCCGCGCGAGCAGUGGAUCUACUCCGCGAUAAUCCUAGCGGCGCACCACCGGCGGCAGCACCCCAAUUCGACCCACACGCCGAAAGCCCCUCGAUCCGCAAAACCGCUGGGGUGGACCACAGCAAGAGCCUCCCAAUCUCCAAACCCAUGCUCACCGGUGGCUCUCCCUCUGGAUCAUCUUCCCGCGACUUCGUCAACCCUGCUGCAGAUAUGCAGCGCCGAGUCGGUGCUCCUGGUGGCAUUCCUGGAGGUGGAAUUGGUAGUCCCAUAAACCGCGGCCCGUCUACUUCUUCAUACCGUCCCUUGACGCGGCCAAAUGUCGAUGCGCGGAACUCGCCUGGCCCUCCAGCGGCAAUCAAUAGAGGGGACAGUGUUCCUCCACAUCCACAGACCAUGAAUGUGAACGGCAAAAGACCACCCCUGAGCGACGUCACAAAUGCAAAUGCGUCUCCCGGUUCACAUCCCCCUCCUGCAGCCCCUCCAGCACCGGGACCGAACGAUCCUAAACGGCCGCGUGUUUCUGAUACUGCACCGCAACAGCAUCCACAGCAAUAA